GAAAACUAAAAAUUAUGGUGUUACUUUUGAGAAUUUCCCAACAAUUUUCCCUAUUCUAAUCUCCAUAUUAAAAUGGCCAUGAUAACAUUUUGGUUUGGGGAAAAUUUGGAGACAGAUCCCAUUAGAAUAUACGUUGACGAAACUUCGUAUACAUUUACUUUCGAAAAUGAAGAAUUCAGUGUGGAUAAUUUUAAAUCCAAGAUUCAUGAAUUAAAGUACGCGAGGUAUAAGUUAAGGUAUGUUUGUUCAAUUGAUGAUUUGCAAAAUCAUUUCUAUGAAGUCGACAAAAUGAGGGAUUUCAAGCAACUUAAAAAAAUGGCCCUCUCAGUGGGAUAUGUCAACAUUUUUAUUGAGGAUAAAUCCAAGAAAUUACAACCACCUGAAGAAACUACAGGAACCCCAAAUAGUUUACCUGUAGGGAAAAACGGUAGUUUCCGACGGAAACACGUGACAAUGGGUCCAAGACGGCGGCUCAAGAACAAACGACCUAGGAACUCUUUAGCGGAGGAAGAAGAAGAUUUGCCCAAUGGUGAUAUACCUGAAGAAUGUACAAACGAAACAACAAAGGUUCCUCCUCCUGUUAGAAACAUAGUGAUAUACAUCGAUCGAAUUGCUCAUAGAAGGAAUAUUCAGUGUACCUCAACAUCAUGCAGAAUACGUUUUUGGGACCAACCUAGCGUUGAUAAUGCUAUGAAUGUUGACAUGGGAACUAAUGGGAGCUAUGGUGUGGCAUAGGUAAUUGAAAAUGUGGUUUAUGGGGAAGCGCACCCUAAAGGAACAUAAUUUAUACUAAAUGUGAUGAAUUUAUAUUAAGUAACUAUUGAGUUAUAAUCAAGUAAUGUAGAACAAUUUACAUAAUUGUAAACCAGUUUCUGUAAUUUGUAGUAACACAUUUGAACAACCUAGUAUUUUAUUUUUUCUUUCUGGGGUAUUGAGGAACAUCUUCGUGAUUUUUUUAAUUUAUACAUUUAUAUCGUAUUAGGUUCGAAUAUGUUACUAAUAAUAAUUAUAUAAAGUCUUAUUUGCAGUUUUUGUUACUAAAUAGUUAUUCAUUCAUGUAGAUUUUUUAUCAUGUUUAUUUCAACUAUGGAUGAGGUUUGUUAAGCUCAUUUGCAAUGGAUGGGCAUGGUGCCUUGGCCCACGCUGUAUAGUAUGAUACUAAAAAAUUAUAUAAAAACAUUGUAGAAUUGAACU